AUGGAUAGUUUAAGGAAAUUUUGUAACAGGAUUCAUUCACACUCUACAUGCUCUUCAGGCCAUGUUGAGUUAGAAGAAGACUGUACAAGUAGAUUUGGCUUGAGCAGUUCCAUCUAUGCCAGGUGUGAUGAAUGUGGAAUGUCAGAACUACUUGCUACUGGAUACCACAAAUCUGAUGCCACAUUACCGAAUACUAUCCAAGGAAAAGAUUUAAAUCAGAGAGUUGUUUAUGGUACCUUUGAAAUGGGUUUAGGAAGGGAAGGAAUAGCCAAACUCUGCGAAGUGUUAGAUAUGCCUUUCAGUAUUUCAAUUGAUACAUGGUAUAGACAUGAGGAUGCUCUCUUAGAAGCCCACACUGAUAUCAUCCGAGAAGAACUGGCCAAGAACAGAGCUGAAGCUAGAAAACUUGCAUUUCUAGAGAUGGGUGAGGAAGAUAACAAUGAGAAUGCAAUAGCUGAAGUGCCAGUGAGUUUUGAUGGCACCUGGUCCAGGCGAGGCUAUUCUGCCAAUCACCGUGUAAGCUUCGUAAUAUCAGCAGCAUCUGGAAAAGUUCUUGACUUUGAGGUCAUUUCUAAAGUCUGCAGUCAGUGUAACCAGAAAAAAUCCAAUUGUACACAAGAGGCAUUUGAGGAUUGGUUGCAAACUCAUGACUGUCAAGGCAGCUAUGGUGGUUCCAGUCCAAGUAUGGAAAUGGAAUGCACCAAGCGAUUAUGGGGUAGGAGUGAACAAUAUGGCUUAAUGUACAAGUGGAUGAUAUCUGAUGGAGACUCAAAGUCUUAUUCAUCAAUAUGGAACAUAUAUGGAGCAUGUGACACUUGCAAUUGCUUUGAGAAAAUGGAACCAACAUCUAAGGAGUACAUUUCAUGGACAGCUUCAAGUGAUUACAAAGAAUGGGAAGAGGGACAUCUUCAAGGAACUGCUGAUUGCAAUCGAGUUAUUAAACUUGAUUGCAUAGGCCAUGUGCAGAAACGUCUUGGAAAGGCCCUUUAUGAUUUCCAGAAGUCCACCACAAAACUGGAGGAUGGCAAACCUGUUAAAGGUAGGAAUGGAAGGCUGACUGUUGAAAACUGCAAUAGAAAAACUUAA